AUGGCUAAGCUACCUGGUACGGAUGUGCUGAACUUUAUCCGAGGACCUGCUUGGGUAUACUAUCGCGCUCCUCUAUCUAAGCACCUUGGGAGGGAUGACCCGGAUCCUAACCCACGAUAUACUGACGAGGAGAGGAAGAAGUUCCAUGAUCUAGAGUACUACCUCGAGCAUAGGAAGGGAAUUAUUUCACGUACUAACAAGUCCUUCUAUAUCUUCAUGAAGGGCGAGAACAACAAAGAGGGCAUGAGAUUGGUAGUAGCGCAAAUGGCAGAAAAGCUAGGCUAUGACCCCGAGCUGUGCGAGAAGCUUAUUCUAAAAUGUGAGUUGGGGUGCCGGCGCAUUACGCCUGGGCCCGGCUACCUCGAGUCAUUCUUGCGACCAAACUGCAAUAUCACUAACAGUGCCAUUACCAGCGUUUCGAAGAAUGGUGUUCACACAGCCGAUGGCAAGUUCUAUGAGUGUGACUUGUCUAUGUAA